UUUUAUUGUAAUUUCCCUCUUGCCGGUGGCGACUCCUCUCUUUCUAAGCUUUUGAAUUCGUACGGCGCCGGAGGGAGGCAUAAAACCCACGGUUCUGCGACGGUCGGAAAAGUUGAAGUUAACGAAUCGGAAUUUCACUUGAAGGUCGCAGAAACAUUGCUGCUUCAGUUACCAUAAGAGUCUUCUUGGAAUUGAUCGAGGAAAUUUUUACAAUUAGGGUUUUAGGGUUUCUGGAAUACCAUGUCAACCGGCAGGGUGAAGGAUGGGGAACGUCGGCUGGUGAUUCCGAUGCCUCCCAAACCGAAACCUGAAACGCAGUUGGCGACAACUGAGUCGAACGCGCUUGUGGAAUAUACGCCGCCGGUGAAGGAGGAGGACGAGGAUUUGGAGGUCAAGCUUCGGAGAAUCAUCGAUAAUGUUCCUGUUCGUGUCAGCAACACGUCUGGAAGCUCUGCUGGUUCUGGUUCCGGUGAUUUUCACCAGUAUAGGCAAAUGAGGCGAAAAGAGCAAGACAGACUUGCUAGAAUGGACGUUGAUUAUCAGAAAAAGAAAGAAUUAGCCGAAUUCAAUAUGCGAAGGGAAGAGAGAAUGAAAGCUGCAGAGGAGCGUACUGCAAAGAAGCGCUUAAAACGCCAAAAGAAGAAGCAAAGAAGAAAAGAAAAGAGGAGCAAAUUGAAUUCAGGUGGAGAUGAAGAUCAGAAAGAUGAAUCCUCUGAUGAUGAUGGGGAUACAGAUAAUGGUGAGAACAAUGCAACAUGACUAGAUCUUUCCCACCUGGAACCAAAGUUUGGAGUCUGUAACUUUUCUGCCCGAGCCUUUUCAGAUGAGCGUCUAACCAGAAGACAGCCAUGAGUUCGCCUACCUGGCAUUUUGCCGGUGCACAAUUCCUUACAAGCCAUUGUAGUACCUGGAUCUGUUGGCUUUUAUGAUUUUAUCGCAGGUGAGGUUGGAAGAAUGGAUCAUUUGAAUAUAAUCCUCCAAUCUUCCCGCAAGACACCUCUCUCUCUCUCAAUUGUAUGACACCCAAAUGUGUUAGCAGAAUAUUUAUUACAUUACAUGUUGAACAGAUUGAGAGAAUUUUAGUAUAGUCUGAGGAUACUCGUGGUGUGUAUUACUCAUAUAUAUGAACUUGUUGCUUAUGAUUUAUGAACAGAUGGGAGGUUGUUCUAAGA